UUAAGAUCUUGCAACUGAAGACUCAGGUGCUAGGCACACUUUGAAAAAGGCGCCUGGACUGGAAGCCACAUCCUGUGUGUAAACGCGUAGAGAAACAGCAUAACUUUCCUAACAUAACGUAAUGGGAUGUUGAGUGAGAAUUAAAAGUUCUCUAUGACGCGUAGAAGGUCUUCGCAUAUAUUAACGAAGCUACUCCGGAUAAGAAUGCCAAGGUGUAAAAGCAGUCAGACUGCUGCUGCCCUGUAAGAAAAAAAAAAAAAAAGAUGUAAUUAAUCUGUAGAAGUGAGCCGGGCCGAGGUCUGAACUCACGAUCUGGGAGUCCCAAAAAGUUUGCUGCUUCGCUCUAUCCGCUGACUUAUUGGCUCUAUUGUGAAUCGCUGCUUAACUUUCCUAGUUCUCUGCUUUUGGCGAAUUGGAUGAGUAGCAUGGCUGUUUGGAAACCUGUUUGUAACUUUUCAGACAAAUGUUUCGCAGUUUUAAUUUUCCCGAUGAAUGGGGAUAGUAGAUGUAAGGAAUACGUUGAUAUUUUCAUCUUUUUAGCCAGCAGGUUAUUGCAUCGUUUAAGUCUUUCGGAGGUGGAGUAAUUUUUCCUUUGAUUUUUUUCCCUGUACGUAGCUUGAGAGAUAUUUUUCUGCACUGGAUCAAUAGUCGUUUUAGAACUGGGGAAAUUUUCUUCUGUUAGUGCCGGGGUUUUAGGCUGAGGUUGUUAAAAAAAAAAAAAAAAAAAAAUUCUCAAAUUUCCUUGCAACUGAAGUGAAGUAUUCAGAUUUUUAUUCUUUGCUUUAGCGCAUGGAAGCGUCACGAACUAGCCGUUACCAUGCCAACAGUAAGACAACGUUGAGUAGCAAUAUUUAUGUGUGCGGCAUGUCUAUUUGAAGCAUGAUCUUAAUUCAUUGAGGCUAAAAUUGCAGUCUCUUAACGAUACACGCGUCCUGAAUGGUACAAAGUUUUCAUACUUAAACUGAGUUAGUUAUAAGCAAAUAAAUUUACUGUACUUUUGCUUAGACAGUUAUUUUACAGACACAUGGUCGCAAUAUAUUAAUCUUUGAUAUUUUAAGAUAUUGAACUAUUAUGAAGUUUUAUUGACUUACAAUGAUCACUGAUGUUGAAAUAAAAACUUUUAAUAGUGCUUACUGCUGAAGGUAAUACUAUACUCUGGAGAAGUAACAGCUUAUAAUUAUUUUCAUUUUCAUCAAAAUAGAUUUGAGUACACUUACUUUCAUUUAUAUAGUUAAAAAUAAGUAUUUCAGUGAAGGUAUUAGAAGAAAAUAUACUUGAGUCUUGAGAAAAUUUAAAAAAAAAGAAAAGGGAUGAAAUAUAUCUUCUUAAAGGAUUAAUUUUUUAGCACAGUGUCAUAUGGAUUAGUUGAUGGAAUGAAGUUCUAAAGAAUGUGGACCAUUGCUGCUGCAAAUAAGAAGUUUAAUGGACCUUUAGGUUCAUAUGAUGGUUUAACAGAUGUCCAUUUGGCACAUUACUUUUCUAGGCCAAUUAGGAAAUCACAAUUAAAGUCUGCAAAACUGAUCACUUGUGAUGGUGCCAUUAUUCCUGAGCACAAAGUCAAAGUACAGUCUCUUCAGUAUGAGAAAAAGAAGAAGAAAUAUAAUGUGCUUGCAAAUGCUGUUGUACAAAAUGCUGUUCAGAAAGAUAUUGCUUGGAAGAAGAAUAUGUAUAAUUAUUUGGAAGAUAUCUCAAACAUGGAGAUAGUUGAGAAAGUCAAGAUAGCUUCCAGGAAGAAAAAUAGUAAAAAACAUUGUAGCACUGCAAAAGCAUCUUGGGAUGUACUACCAAAGUAUGAUAUCUUUGGAUUGUUAAAUAGUCAAGAACUUAGAAAUAAAGUUCCUCAUCUAAGAUCAGCACCAGCUAUGUGUAGUUGCAAUUCAAGGAGUGGACAUAAAGUCUCAGAGUUAAAGAGAAGUUCAUCUGCAAAAACAUUUUCACCAUAUGUUGUUCCGUUACGUAAUGGAUCAUCGAAACACCAAACAUGGCAUACACUACAUCAGUUUGUACAUUCAGGCAAAAGAAAAAAGAAAUGCAAAAGAAAGAAAAUUUUUAACAACACAGUUGAUAGCAAGGCAAUAAAACACUCUGCAACUGACCAGCUGCUAAAUAGAAAUCGAAGUAAAAUUACUUUGUAUUAUCAUGGACCUGCACCUCUAAACAGUCUAAAGCAUCUGGAACAAAAUGUAUUGAUUCAGCAGCAACACUGUGGAGGAAAUCCUGUGGUAGUGUAUAAAGGAACUGUUUCUCCUAAUGAAAGUCUGACUUUUACUUCAGUGCUCCAUGAAGGUUUUCCAUUCAGUAUAACAAUAUUUCUUGAUGGAAUACGAGAUUUAAAACUGAGCUCUUGCUGUGUUUUUCGUUAUCUUCCAAACAGACGUUUAGGUGGUUCAAGUGGCAGCUUUUCUAUUCAGAAUGUUGAGGGAGGAAAACCUUGUAUGAAGUGAUAAUACUCCAUGCCAGUGAGAACAGUAGACAGCUGGUUUUCUUCAAAAUGCAUUCAA